AUUCCCUUCAUUUUCAUCUCUUCAUAUUUUUUGCUUUUUUCCCACCUGGAUCGUUGUCGCCCCAUAUUCUUUAAAAAAAAAAACAAACAAACGAUAAUUAGUCUUCCUUACCACUCUAUUCUUUCUAAAAAUCCCCACCCUUCUUCCCUAUUUCUUUUUUCCUUCCUUAGAGUCGAUUUCUAUCCUCUCUCUCAUUGUAGAACAACAUUCUUAUUUUAACUGGAUAUAUAUAAUACAUAUUCUUUAUCCAAUUCCUUUUAUUUUUUUUAAGCCUUUCAAGCCAUGAUUACUUCGACAUCGUACCAUUCAUUCAAUAACAUUACUGACUCAGGUUUGCCCCCCUCCGGAUUCUGGGGUUAUCCUACAGCUUCAGAUUGGUGUGAACAAAAUUAUGUAAAGUCACAUUACAUUGCAGAGUACUUCAACUCACUCUCCUCCUUCUCAAUGAUCCUUGUGGGUCUCGCCGGAAUGUAUCUCCAUGCCUCAUUCGAGAAACGAUUCCUGUUCGCCUUUGGUUCCAUCGUGGUGGUCGGCAUUGGCUCCAUUGCCUUUCACGGGACCUUGCUCUUCCCUCUACAAAUGCUGGAUGAAGUCCCUAUGGUCUAUUGCGCCCUAGCCGUUGUUUACUGCUGUGUCGAGAACAAGCCCUAUCGUCGUUAUGGCCCUUGGUUCCCUAUCGCCCUCACCCUCUACGGCGCCUUGACCACCCUCAUUAUGCUCUAUGCCAAUGGUCCUGAGCAUCAUCUACUCGAAUUCAUUGUCUUUCAAUCUUCUUUUGCCUCCGUCAUCCUCGUCAUCCUCUCCAAUAUCAUCAAGAUCUAUGCCCGUCUACAGAUCCAUGAAGAGCCUAUCAAGAAACUUUGGUGUCUCGCCGGUAUCAUUGGCGCAGUCGCUUAUAGUUAUUGGAACAUCGACUUCAGGAUGUGUGAUCUUAUGGGAAACCUGCCCUUUGGUCUUGCUAACCCUCAAUUCCAUGCUUGGUGGCAUGUCGGCGCCUCCGCUAGCGCUUAUAUCGUUUGCCUGUUGAUUUGCUAUGACAGAGCGUCUAAUCUUAAUCGUCAUCCAAGUAUCGAAUGGAAGGCUGGAUUCCUACCCUAUGUCACCGUCGACAAGCCCUUGGCACCAAGCAAGGCUAAACUUCAUUAA